UUCUAUCUUCACUUCUUAUAAUAAAUAACUGCAUUUCAAAAAAAAAAAAAAAUCUUUUACUGAACUAGCAUAUUCAUUUCAUUCACUAUAAUGGCCGAAAAAAGCGUAAUCGCCGACGAGUUCUCGUCGUCGGUGUCAUGCGGACUUAUGCUAUCAAAGCGAAUAUACUACGGCAAAGGAGCUUCGCCGACGCCGGCGUUAAUGUCGAGGUCUUUAUCGUCGACGGAGAGUUGUUAUCUUCCGACAGCGGUUAUGGCGUAUGCGGUGGUUUCCGAGCCUUCUGUGGUGGACAAUCCGGACGUACCUAGCUACCAGCCGUACGUGCACGGUAGGUGCGAACCGCCGGCGUUGAUUCCGUUACACAUGCACGAGGUUUCCAUGGAGGUGGACUGUUGGAUGGAUACUGCGUUCGUUACAGCUAGCGGCGCGUGGCGCGUGCACUGUAUAAUGGCCGGUCGGAGAUGUGAUUGCCGAGUUGCUGUUCCAAUGGGAGAGCAGGGUUCGAUUCUAGGUGUUGAGGUUAACAUCUCGGAGACUGAGAAGUUGUCCUAUAAUUCAAAAUGGGUCACAUUAGCUGAUUCUAAAGAUAUGGAAAAAGUUGCCAAAUCUGGAGAUGGUUUCUUCUUGACCCCUCAUAUAUAUACUUUCAGAAUUCCACAAGUUGAGGGAGGAUCUUAUGUUUCAAUUAAAGUCUGUUGGUCACAAAAGUUACCCUACAAGGAUGGUCAGUUUUGCCUCACUGUACCUUUUAGUUUUCCGACAUAUGUCAUUCCGGUUGGAAAGAAGAUCCCUAAGAGAGAAAAGAUUCAAUUGAAUGUUAAUUCUGGCUCUGGAACGGAACUUAUGAUCCAAUGUAGUAGCUACCCUCUGAAGGAACUAAGUCGGGAGGUUCGUAAACUAAGUUUUGUAUAUGAAGCAGAAGUGCCAGCAUGGUCAACUUCCGACCUUGAUUUUGCUUAUACUGUUACUUCAAGUGACCUUUUUGGUGGGGUUCUCCUGCAAUCUCCAGCCUUGCGUGAUUUUGAUGAAAGGGAGAUGUUCUGCCUGUAUCUUUUCCCUGGAAAUAAGCAGAUCAGGAGGGUAUUCAGAAGAGAAGUGGUUUUUGUGGUUGACAUAAGUCAAAGCAUGCAAGGACUUCCAAUUGAGAAUGUAAAGAAUGCAUUGUUGGCAUCACUCUCUAAGCUCAAUCCACAAGAUUCUUUUAACAUUAUUACUUUUAAUAGUGAGAGUAACUUAUUCUCACCAACAAUGGUGCUGGCUACUCAUGGAUCAAUUUUAAAAGCAACUCAGUGGCUUAGUAGUAAUAUUUUAACUACAGAUGGUGGUACAAAUAUCAUGCAGCCCCUUAAACAGGCAAUGAAGUUAUUGUCUGAUACUAGUGAGUCCAUUCCUCUUGUUUUCCUUAUAACUGAUGGGUCUGUUGAAGAUGAAAGGGAGAUUUGCAAUGUUGUGAAAGGUUGUUUGACAAGUGGAGGGUCAGUUUCUCCUCGUAUAUUUACUUUUGGCAUUGGUUUGUACUGUAACCAUUACUUCUUGCAAAUGUUGGCUCAAAUUGGGAGAGGCCAUUAUGAUUGCACUUACAAUGCAGAUAACAUUGAAUUGCGAAUGGAGAGAUUAUUUACUACAGCUUCUUCAGUUGUACUAGCUGAUAUAACUAUGAACAUUCCAGAAAAUCUUGAUUCUCUUGAGUUGUUUCCAUCUCGUAUUCCAGACCUCUCGUUUGGAAGUCCUUUGAUUAUGUCGGGCAGAUACAAAGGUGAUUUUCCAGACACUAUUAAAGUUAAAGGAAGAUUAGCAGAUAUGAGCACAUUUAUAAUGGACUUGAAAGUGCAAAAUGCAAAAGACAUGUCAUUUGAUAGGAUACUUACAAGGAGGCAAAUAGAUAUCCUUACAUGUCAUGCAUGGUUGUCCAAGAGUAAAGAGCUUGAGGAUAAGGUCGCCAAAAUAAGUCUGCAAACUAGUUUUCCAUCUGAGUAUACUUGCCUGAUUCUGCUUCAGACUGAUAGUGAGAAGAAAGUGCCAGAACCGAUGCUACUACAGGAGAUAUUCAACAAAAUAAGCCUACCAAAAAAGGGAGAUUCAAAAACCCAGAAGCUAGUUUCCCUAGGAUGUCUAGGUGUGGGCUUUGGUAACUUGACUGCAACAGCUAAGAACAUCCCACCCGGAGCCAAUGAACCAAAGUCACCCGAAGGUGCAGAGAUUUUGGUUAAUGCAGCUACAAACUGUUUCAGCUUAGUGCUUGAUCGAUGCUGUUGCAUGUGCUGCAUCCAGACAUUAUCAUACAUGAAUAAUCAAUGCUACAUCGUUCUUACACAACUCUGCACUGCUCUUGCUUGCUGUGAGUGUAUCAAUUGCUGUUAUGAACUCUGUGAAUGUUUCUAGCAAAUACUCUCCACUAACGGUUAGUUGAAAAUGUCUUGAAAGAUGAAAACACUGAGGAUAUGAAAAUAUUAAUGUUAUGAUUAUCUUAUAUGUAUGUAUGCAUGUAUAUGUUGCAAAUCAUACUGUUAAUAGUAAGCUUAAUAUUAUUAGUCUUGCAUA